AUGCCUUCUGCGAAAAUAUCACCUUCCCUUUUAUCAAGUGAUUUUGCUCAACUUUCCUCUGAAGCCGAUCGUAUGAUAAAAGAGGGAGCUGAUUGGUUGCAUAUGGUUAUUAAAGCUUUACGCCAACAUACAGAUGCAUUUUUGGAUUGUCAUUUAAUGGUAUCAAAUCCCGAAAAGUGGGUUGAUGAUUUUGCCAAGGCGGGGGCAUCCCUAUAUAAUUUUCAUAUAGAAGCAACUGACAAACCAUUAGAACUUAUUGAAAGAAUUCGUAAAUCUGGAAUGAAAGUUGGAAUUGCAGUUAAACCUAGAACAUCAAUUGAUUUAAUUUAUCCUUUAGCGGAUAAAAUUGAUUUAUGUUUGGUUAUGACUGUUGAACCUGGAUUUGGUGGUCAAAAAUUUAUGCACGAUUGUAUGCCAAAGGUAAAAGCGUUAAGAGAAAGAUUUCCAGGACUUGACAUAGAAGUUGAUGGAGGAUUAGCACUUGACACAAUUGAAGCAGCAGCGAAGGCGGGAGCAAAUGUUAUUGUAGCAGGAACUUCAAUUUUUAAAGCUGAUAAUCCUAAAGAAGUUAUUUUAACUUUUAGGGAUAUCGUUAAUUCUGAACAAAAAAAAUAA